UGACCUCUGGAUAAAAACAAGCCGAUCAGCUGGUGUAAAAGCAACAACAUCUACAGGAGUCUGACACAAAAUAGCUCCGCUUGCUAACUUUUUCACCAACGCUAGCUGCAUGCGGCGGUCGGCGGUCGACAGUGUACGUGUCCACUUUUAGACUGUGAUGAGGCAGCACUUUAGUUAACGAGUCGUCGUCCGUCGGACUGGUAGCCACUGCUAGGUCAGUCGACUGAUACGAAGGUUGUUUGUUUCUUCAGAAGUGUGUCUCUUUGUGUCGUUAACGCUAGAUACACUUAUUAUUAGAGUUUCAGGUCGCAUUUCUUCGACAUUAUGACGGCCUACUGAACAGCAACUUAGCUGAGCAUUAUACUGGCAGCUAAUGUUAGCUAGCACAAACUGUUGUGCCAAAACAAGUAGUUUGCUCAGUAAUUGCUGGUCUGGACAAGGUUUUUUUUUUAAAUUGCUGCCUGGACGUGCUUUGCUCCAGACUGAAUGUCCUCAUUAAAAGUAAGGAGUAUUUAAAUAAAGUUCUUCAGUUGAACAUUUCACAAUACUUUCUGACAGCAUUGCACAUGAGUGAUUGGUUAUUUGGAGAAUUUGAACACAAAAGGUUACAUCACAACUGGUCAUAGAGGUCUUCUUAAACUUUGUGUCAUUGCUUUUGUCCAAGUUAAAUACUAAGUCACUCUCAGUACCUGUCAGGUUUGACAUGAGUGGUCAAGGUCCAGCUGUAGAUAAAGGAAUGAACACAGUCCUGGGCUGUCAGGAGAGCUACGCCUGCGGGGGUUCAGAUGAGGCUGCGUUUGAAUGUGAUGAAUGCGGCAGCUUGCAGUGUGCCCGAUGUGAACUGGAGCUCCAUCGCCAGGAGCGGAUGAGGAAUCACGACAGGGUUCGGAUUGCACCAGGCCACGUUCCUUUCUGUGACUCGUGUAAAGGGGACAGCAGCUGCUCUGUCAACGGUGGACGGCUCAGAGCAGUGGUGCGCUGCCAGGGUUGUAAGAUCAACCUGUGUUUGGACUGCCAGAAACGCACCCACAGUGGAGUCAACAAGAGGAAGCACCCUCUGACACCUUACCCCCCUGCCAAAGCUCCCCAGGAUAACAGCUUGACUGCUGGGGAGUCCCAGAUGGAGAUCCUGAAAGCCGAGCUGGAGAAGGUGUGCAGCUUCCUUUUGGUGGACGAGAAGGAGGAGAUGCAGGUGAAGGAUGAGGAGGACUUUGUGAGCAGACUGGGCUGCAGGCCAGAUGAGCUCCUCAAGGUGGUCUCCAUCUUCGGAAACACCGGGGAGGGCAAGUCCCACACCCUGAACCAUACAUUUUUCCUCGGACGACAAGUGUUCAAGACCUCGCCUACCCAAGAGUCCUGCACCGUGGGUGUGUGGGCAGCUAUGGACCCUGUGCACCGGGUGGUAGUCAUCGACACGGAAGGACUGCUUGGGGCUGGAGCCAAUCAGGGUCAGCGCACCCGGCUGCUCCUCAAAGUCCUGGCUAUCUCUGAUGUGGUCAUCUACCGAACCCAUGCUGACCGUCUCCAUGACGAUCUCUUCAAGUUUCUUGGUGAUGCAUCAGAUGCCUACCUGAAGCAUUUCACCAGGGAGCUGAAAGCGACUACCACCCGCUGUGGUCUGGACGUCCCAUUGUCCACUCUGGGUCCCGCAGUGAUCAUCUUCCAUGAGACCGUCCACACCAAGUUACUAGGAUCAGACAAACCGUCUGAAUCUGCCGAGCGUCUUCUCCAGGAGCGUUUCAGGAAGCUGGGUCUGUUCCCAGAAGCAUUCAGCUCCAUCCAGUACCGUGGAACUCGGACCUACAACCCUCCCACAGACUUCAGUGGUCUGCUGCGCAGCCUGGAGCAACAGCUGGAUAACAACACCACCCGCUCGCCACGCUCUGCCAGCGUCAUCUACAAGGCUCUGCAGGCCCUGAGCGAGAGCUUCAGUGGGGAUAUUCCAGAUGAGCACAUGGCCAGUAACUCAUUUUUUCCAGAUGAGUACUUUACCUGCUCGAGUCUCUGCCUCAGCUGUGGCUCAGGCUGUAAGAAAAGCAUGAAUCACCUAAAGGAAGGACUUGACCACGAAGCCAAGCAUCGCUGCCGCUACUCUGCACAGUAUGACAACCGCAUCUACACUUGCAAGGCCUGCUAUGAAGGAGGAAAGGAGGUGAUAGUGGUUCCCAAAACAACGGCCUCGUCUGACUCACCGUGGUUUGGCUUGGCCAUCUACGCCUGGUCUGGGUAUGUGAUUGAGUGCCCCAACUGUGCAGUGAUCUACAGAAGCAGGCAGUACUGGUACGGAAACCAGGACCCAGUGGAAACCGUUGUCAGAACAGAGAUCCAACACAUCUGGCCUGGGUCUGAUGGUUUUUUGAAGGACAACAACAACGCCGCCCAGAGGUUGCUGGAUGGAGUCAAAUACAUUUCUCAAUCAGUGUCCGAACUCAGCGUCAAGCCUGCCAAAGCUGUCACCUCCUGGCUUACCGACCAGAUUGCUCCUACCUACUGGAAACCCAACUCCCUUAUCCUGAAAUGCCAUAAAUGUGGGGAAGAGUUCCAGCCCAACGACACCAAGCACCACUGUCGUGCCUGUGGCGAGGGCUUCUGUGAUUCCUGUUCCUCAAAAACCCGGCCGGUCCCGGAGAGGGGCUGGGGCCUCGCGCCUGUCAGAGUCUGCGACGCCUGUUUCCACAACAGGGGAAUCCCAACUGAGUUGCUGGAUGCCGCCUUGGAGGAGGAGGGUGGCACCCUGAUAGCCAGGAAGGUUGGGGAGGCGGUUCAGAACACGUUAGGAGCUGUCGUUGGUGCCAUCGACAUACCUCUCGGCCUGGUGAAGGACGCAGCUCGCCCGGCAUACUGGGUCCCAGAUCAGGACAUCCACUCCUGCAGCGAGUGCCAGCGGGAGUUCUCCCCGCGUCUCUCCAUCCACCACUGUCGCGCCUGCGGCCAGGGUGUGUGUGACGACUGCUCUCAGGAGCGACGCGCAGUGCCCUCUCGCGGCUGGGACCACCCAGUGAGGGUCUGCAAUGGCUGCAACCAGAAACCUGGGGAACUCUAGCAGGACGAGGAGCAGGAGUCGGAGAGGGAACGGUUACGGACACCAGUCUCUCCAUGAAAACUGGAAUUGACAACAUUUUGACUGAAAGACUUUAGUUCUUUGUUGUCUUUUUUGUGGCAUUUCUUGGCUGCCACUAGACUGUCUGUGGCAGGUUGGACUCUUGUCUUGGACUGUUGUUUUUUUAUCGGUCACUUCAGUCCCUUGAUGCUAUUUUACUUUAAUAUGCCUACAUUUUACACUGUGAACAAUACCAGUCGGAGCGACUUGAAUACCAUGAAGUUAGGAGAGAUGAAACAACUGGUUUUAUGAAAGUAUUGUAUGUGCUUGCUUACAAUUGAGUUCAGGUCAAUUUCCAUGUAUCCUUUAAAAUUUGUAAUGAUGUACAUGAAACCCUGACCCCCUUUGACAAUCGCCUCCAGUGUUACACACUAGUAUUGUUAGCACCUUUUGUAGUCCGGGGUUAUGUGUGUAGACCAUUUAUUAACAGAAGUUCUGACUGAGCAUCUUAAACUGAAUACAGGUAAGCACUUUUAUUGUAAGAUUGUCUCUGCAGCAGCCCUGGAUAUAACUCAGGGCUGGCUUUAGGGGAAAUGGUGGAAAACCUUAAGAAUUCUGAUGCUCUUUGGAAUGAUGUACAGUAGUUUCCCUCUGCUUCUACCCUGCAAGCUUUAGCUUUCCAGCCAGUCUUUGGCUUCAGAAAGGGUUUAAACAAUCAGAAGCCAAUGAUGUACUGUAACACCAAGAUGCAUUCCAACUUAUAUAAUUACUUAGUAAUAACUACCUACAUAAUCCCAUGAUCCUUUUUAGUUGUUUGUGCAUUUUGGGCAGAUGAUUAUAGAACAGCCUUAAUAAUGCUGUCCACAUGGACUGUUAAAGUUUUAGAAUAUACAUAUAUGGGAAAAAAAGUUUACUUUAAUAGGGAAUAUUUUAAAUGGCCUCAUUUUUGUUUUUAAAAUGUCAAAACUACUAUCUAUUCAUGAGACAAAUCUGACUGCAGUGGGAUGAAAUACAACAGAAACUGCUUUUAUAGAGUGGCUGGCUCACAGUAGCAAUAUGGUACAGAAAAGACUUCAAACCACCUUUUGAGGCUGGCCCCUCAAAAACAGGAGAUAACUAGAAGAGUAAUCCAUUACUCUUGUCAACUCAGGCUGUGUAGCUAGUUUGCUAGGAGCACCAAGUGAGCAAUGUUUGGGGUUGCUUUUAUUGCAACAAAACUGUAACUGACAAUUAUCUGAUAAAUAGAACAUAUAAUGCAGUUAGGCUUUCUACUGAACACUGGCAUUGUGAGAUCUAACUGCAGUGAUGGUUAACCUGGGAGGUUUCUUUCAGUAACUGACAGGGAGAGUUGGCUCUGAUGUCAACAAAAAAAGCUAAAAUCAUAACCUGAAUCAUCUCAUCAGUGUCUCUAUCUCAGAGAGACGUUCAACAAAUAUCACAAGGAACAAAUCAAUACCUUUAUGUUCAUGUAUGCUCAUACAGUAUGUAUUAAACUGCAGAAACGUA